UCCCUUAACCGCCCAACCAUCACCGCAUCACGCUGCGUCCAUGAACAGACACCGAAGAGACCGUGUUUGCCUUUCGCUCUGUCGCCACCGCAAUCGCCACUAGUAGCCAGGCUAUGUAGAGCUAGAUCAGCGGUGUUGUGUCAUUCCCAUCGUACAUCUCCGCGUAAACGGUUCUCAGUGGUGAUAUUGCUAGCGACGACAACGUACAGCACAUUGACCGCAAAAAUUCAACCCCAGACAGAAGGGAGAAAAUGUGAUCCUUUCCAGCUUGUGGGCCUGCUGGGAAAGCUGAAAUGUGCGAAAUAGUUUCAACGAGUGUUAAUCAUCGAGUGCGUUCUGUUAUUUAGUGCCAUCUCGGUUCUUAAGUUGAUUUAAGUUGCUUCCCGCACCCGACUGUAGUGCUGUCUAUCGCUUUUGCUGAACCUGGAAAAAAAGUUAUCCACCAGGUGUGAAACACCAUCCGAAGGGUGGACCAGCAGCGCAGAAUGGCGUCUUCAUAUGGUAGAACCAGUUCGCCAGCCGCAUCGAUACUCAAAUCACCGCCAACGGCCUUGCAGUUGCUCCUGGAGGAAAUUAAUUUCCAGCGCACUAAGGAAAUGCGACAGUUGCUAAAGGAUGAUGGUGGUUUCGUCGUUCUGCAAGGCACCACCUACUGGACUGAUCUCUUCGUGCGGCAUUUUCUCUUCCAAACGGAGAAGCAACACAGCAUCGAUUGUGACGAUCUGCUGUUCUUCGUGCGCAAGAAGCACGUGAAGGGCUCUUCCCGGGUGAUGCCAAAGUAUGAAACAGAAAUCGAAGUGUUUCGGAAGGAUUCCCGCAAAUUGCCAAUCGGCGAUCCGGAUGUGGACUGGGAGGAAACGGUCUACCUGAAUCUGGUGAUCCACCAGUUCGACUACACAUUGACGCUGGCCAUCUGUACGAGGACAUCUCCGAAGGAACUGCAAGUUCUGCGACGUCACUCACAGAAGGUGUACGCAUCGCCGAGCCGAAGGAAGAUGGACACCAAAGGGGACAGCGAGGAGAUUACCUAUCCGCACAUCUGCUUCAUGGUGGACAACUUUGACGAAGUCUUCCACGACAUUCUUGUGCGGGACGGUGAGAUGGUUUGUGUGGAGCUGGUGGCGACGGAUAGGGACGGUAGCGUUCAAGGUGUGAUAUUUUUGGGGUCGAUUCGUUACGACGCACUGAAGAAAGUCUACGAUGCUAGGCAAUCCAGUCUUGGUUCCAAGGUAGCACAACGCAUGUCCUUCGGGUUAUUUAGCUCUGGAGGCCCCCAAACGAGGUGCGAAUUCGUAAGGAUGAAAGGUCCUCAAGGGAAAGGACACGCCGAGAUGGCUGUGACCAAGCCGAAAGGAUCUGGCGUCGAAACGCCAACCAGUGAACCAGGAUUCUGCGCCACGGACAUGUGGGACUCGGAGUGGGAGGAGGACUGCGACGAGUACUACAACUAUCGACAUCAACGACGGUUGAGUGACCCCAGUGCUAAUCUCAACAACUUCAGCCGAUACGGAUGGCGUGCGAAGAACACCAAUGAUUCAUCAUCGUACGGGGGAACGAAGGCCCGCUCGGAGAACGAAGGACUGGACUGUUUGGCUAAUGAAGUGUCGGAAAUCGAAGCCGGGGAUUUGCGUGAUGAACUAGACGACGGCGCCUACAACCCGCUUUGGACAACGAAAGGUUUCACCCAGACAUUCCACUUCUGGAAAGAGAACCGACGCCAACAGUCUACGCCGUUGAAUGCAUUCCUAACCUAUGUGACGUUGCCUUGGUGGAGCAUAGCCAAAGACCUCUUGGAUCAUCGCGAGCAGCCGAUUCUCACGUUCUAAGCGAUCCACAAUGGUGAAAUAUUCCUAGGCUUUGCAUACUACGAAACUUCACAGCUACUUCUAAGCACUAUAAUAACUAUUAUAUUUUUUACCAUUUUAUAUACCGGACAAAGGCGAUUUGGAAUAAGUCUACAGUAAUGCUUGAUUAUUAUUUUUAACGCUAGAAGUGAAGAUAAUUGAACAAACUAAUCUGUGCAGUAGGUAGGAUUACUCAACAAUUGUACACCUUCUUAACGUUGGCAAGUGAUGAACAAACCAAUAAAAACCUAGUCAUUUUUUUCAGAGGAAUUGUAAACGUGAUACAGUUGAAGAAAUUUUAAGUUCUCAAUAUAUACGUAUAAUGCUUUCAAGGUGUUGCCACGCCAUUUUUUCUGACUUAUUCGGAGCAGUAUCUUAACAAGUGCUUCUCGUUUUUUUACAUUGUUUUUAUGUUUCAUGUAAUAACUAAUAACUCAUAAAUAAUAAUCUUAUGAAUUAUUAUUGUUAAACACAAACCUAGUAGAACCGUGCUCACACUUCAAUGGGAAGUGAAGUACGUUAACGUAUGUGGUCAUCCUGAAGGAUGGUAUAAAACAGUGAAACAAUAAAACAGUAGAAAUAUA